CUCUCUUCAAACCAUAACACAAAACUUAUCGUCAUUCUCACCCUCUUCUUUUCUUCACAUGCCAUCCAAUUUUCUAGACACAACAGGAAUAAUGGUGAGGGGAAGGUUCGUCAGAAAACUAAAACUCCUCCCAACCAUAACCAACUUGAAGAAACAAGGCCUACUUCUUCAAAAAAGGUUUACAACCCCAUAUCAUGACUACAAAGAAAACAACCUGUCUGAGCUAGUGCUUGAGGAUGGUAAUCAUUUUGAGGAGGAAGAAAAGUUAUCAGACAAGAUGGCAUCAUGCAACAACCAAUACCCAUCUCUCAGUGAUUUCAAAGAGUUAUGUCCACCAGGAGGGAAUCACUCCAUCGUUCUCUACACAACAAGCUUGAGAGGGAUAAGGAAAACGUUUCAUGACUGUAACACCAUCCGUUUCUUGUUGAGGAGCUUCAAAAUAAUGUACCAUGAGAGGGAUGUGUCUCUGCACUUGGAGUUCAGAGAGGAGCUGUGGAAAAUCUUGGGAGGGAAAGUGAUUCCUCCAAAGCUUUUCAUCAAUGGAAGGUACAUUGGAGGAGCUGAUGAAGUGGUUGGGUUGCAUGAGACAGGGUGGCUUGGCAAGUUUCUAGAAGGAACACCAACUCACUCUAGUGAUUCUCCUUGUACUGGCUGUGCCAACAUUGGAUUCGCCAUUUGUUCCAACUGUUGUGGAAGUUGCAAAGUGUUCAGCGGCAACAGGGACAACAAUGAUCAAUGCUUCGUUAGAUGUCCUGAUUGCAACGAGAAUGGUCUUGUCAAAUGCCCCGUUUGCUGCUAGAGAUUUAUCCAACCCUUGGUGCGUUUGAUUUCAUUUUUCAGUUCGUAUCUUCUAAUUACAAAAAUCAUAUUUCUAUUUUCACUCUAUAUUUUCUUUUCAAAAAUUUGUUAAGGAAAAAGGUGACAACAAAUUUACUUCGGUUGUUCUCACCGAUUUCUUUAUAGAUUUGUGAAAAUGAGAUGUUUGAACAAUUAUUGACAUCAACUGGAAAUGAGAAGAAAAAACAAACCAAGGUGGCCAAAGAAGUUUUAUAUCA